CAAAACAGUAGGGGGCGUAAAUCUCCGGAUCCUGCUCCCCUUUAGCCCGUCAAGCUGCAAGAUCCAAACCCUGACAUUGCGAAGAUGGUGGAGGCUGUUAUGAUUUAGCCCAGGCUGUAGAUAAAGCGCAUACUGCGAGUUUCAGAGCUCUGUUAUGACAACGUAUCCAACUAGUACAGGUUUAUGUCUCUGCAGGUGGAGGCAGGAGGUGUGAGUAGAAACCAUUAGACAUCAGCAGCAUGUACUCCGAGUGGCGUUCGCUGCAGUUGGUGGUGCAGAGUGACCAGGGCCAUCUCAGUGUUCUGCACACUUAUCCCACCAGUGUGGGCACAGAGGUGGCAAAUGCAGUGGUCAAGCCUCUGGGCACUGCUGUAAGCCCUGUCGCCACCGAGAACAUUCUGAAAACGGAUAAAGAGGUGAAGUGGACCAUGGAGGUACUGUGUUAUGGCCUGACCCUCCCUCUUGAGGGAGACACUGUCAAGCUGUGUGUGGAUGUAUACACUGAUUGGAUGAUGGCCUUAGUGUCACCCAGGGACUCAAUGCCUCAGCCUGUGGUUAAAGAGCCCAAUAUGUAUGUCCAGACCAUUCUCAAACACCUCUACAACGUCUUUGUACCAAGGCCCGAUCAGCAUAGUCUGAACCACAUCAGGCUUUGCCAGCAGGUUCUGACUGCGGUCCAGAAGUUGGCACGAGAGUCUGUUUCCAUGGUGAGAGAAACCUGGGAGGUGUUGCUGCUCUUCCUGUUACGGAUCAACGACACAUUGCUGGCCCCCCCACCUGCAGUUGGAGUGGGGAUCGCAGAGAAACUGGCAGAGAAAUUGAUGGCUGUUCUGUUUGAAGUGUGGCUGCUUGCGUGUGCCCGUUGCUUUCCCACGCCACCAUAUUGGAAGACAGCACGGGAAAUGCUGGCCAACUGGAGACAUCACUCUCCAGUUGUAGAACAGUGGAGCAGAGUGGCUUGUGCUUUGACUUCCAGACUUUUGCGGUUUACCCAUGGACCAAACUUCCCACCAUUUAAGGUUCCUGAUGAAGAUGCCAACUUAAUUCCCGUGGAGAUGGACAAUGACUGUGUGGCACAGACGUGGUAUCGCUUUCUUCACAUGAUCAGCAACCCAGUGGACCUGAGCAACCCUGCAAUAGUCAGCACCACGCCAAAGUUUCAAGAGCAGUUUCUCAAUUCGAGCGGAAUCCCCCAUGAAGUGGUAUCACAUCCAUGUUUGAAACAGCUUCCCCAGAUCUUCUUCAGGGCAAUGAGGGGUGUCAGCUGCUUAGUAGAUGCCUUCUUAGGAAUGUCUGUUGAAAAGAGAGACGUGCGGGAGAGGGUGUUCACUUUUUGUCCAGUGCAACUCUCUCAUGGUAUAUCACGUCCCAGGGCUGACAGCGCCCCGCCCACCCCAGUAAACAGAAUGAGCAUGUCCCCACCACCCUCCAUCGCCAACACUACUCCCCCUCACAGCCGCAAGCAGCGGCAUGCAGUGGUCACCAAAACUGCAAGCAAAAGUUCAACUGGCAGCGGCAGUCAACCAACCAAAGCAUCCCAGCAGCAGCAGCAGCAGCAGCAGCAAACAUCUUCCUCCCCUUUGCUUUCAAGCCCGAACCAGAGCAGUUGGGAGUCCAGGCCGCUGCCAGCCCCUGCACGGCCAAAGGUCAACAGCAUCCUCAACCUGUUUGGCCAGUGGCUUUUCGAUGCUGCUCUGGUCCACUGUAAGCUGCACAGCGGCCUCAGCCGAGACCCAAGCAUGACUGCAAUAGCCACUCAGGUUGGUUUGGAGCUGAGAAGGAAGGGUUCCCAAAUGUCCACUGACUCCAUUGUCCCCAACCCAAUGUUUGAUAUCAACGAAUUCCCAGAUAACUAUGAGGCGGGACGAGCUGAAGCUUGUGGGACUCUCUGUCGCAUCUUUUGUAGCAAGAAAACUGGGGAGGAGAUUCUUCCUGUUUAUCUGUCCAGAUUCUACAUGGUCCUGAUUCAGGGUCUCCAGAUUUCUGAUUUCAUAUGUCGACCAGUUCUGGCUUCUAUCAUUCUCAACUCUUCCUCUCUCUUCUGUACUGACCUGAAGGGCAUCAACGUCGUAGUGCCCUAUUUCAUAGCUGCUCUGGAGACUAUUGUACCAGACAGGGAGUUGUCCAAAUUCAAGGUAUAUGUAAAUCCUACCGAUCUGAGGAGAGCUUCCAUCAACAUCCUUCUUGCCAUGCUGCCACUGCCACAUCACUUUGGCAACAUCAAAUCAGAGGUGCUUUUGGAGGGGAAGUUCAAUGAGGAGGAUGGAUGGCCUCAUGACCAACCUGUGUCUUUCCUGUCGCUGAGGCUACGUCUUGUUAAUGUCCUCAUAGGAGCACUGCAGACUGAGACUGACCCCACCAACACACAGCUUAUUCUGGGUGCAAUGCUAAAUAUUGUUCAAGACUCGGCUUUGUUAGAGUCCAUAGGUGCACAGACUGAAACUGGCAGCAUUGAUGGGAGCCAAAUUACACAGAGGAGUCAGAGUCACAGUCGCACCAACAGUGGCAUCAGCUUUACCAGUGGAUGCAGCACAGAAGCCACCAGUCCAGACUCUGAGCGUCCUGCACAGGCACUGCUCCGGGACUAUGCUCUUCCAGAUACUGCGGCAGGCCUGCUGGUGCGCAGCAUCCAUCUAGUCACUCAGAGGCUAAACUCCCAGUGGAGGCAAGACAUGAGCAUUUCACUCGCUGCCCUGGAACUACUUGCUGGGCUUGCCAAGAUAAAGGUGGGAGUAGAUUCUGCGGAUCGAAAGCGUGCUGUUAGCUCUAUAUGUGGCUACAUUGUGUACCAGUGUAGCCGUCCAGCUCCUCUUCAAUCCAGAGACCUCCACUCCAUGAUUGUAGCUGCCUUCCAGUUUCUGUGUGUGUGGCUCACAGAGCACCCGGACAUGUUGGAUGAGAAGGAUUGUUUGGUAGAAGUGUUGGAGAUAGUGGAACUUGGGAUAUCUGGCAGCAAGUCCCGUCAGGAACAUGAAGUUCGUCAUAAAGGAGAGAAGGAGCACAACCCAGCUUCAAUGAGGGUGAAGGAUGCUGCUGAAGCAACUUUGUCCUGUAUUAUGCAAGUGUUGGGGGCUUUCCCUUCUCCCAGUGGACCUGCCUCCACCUGCAGCCUGCUGAAUGAAGAUACCCUUAUUCGCUAUGCCAGACUCAGUGCCACAGGAGCUAGUAAUUUCCGUUACUUUGUCCUUGACAACUCUGUCAUCCUUGCAAUGCUGGAGCAACCUCUUGGCAAUGAGCAGAAUCCCAGUCCAUCAGUGACAGUUUUAAUCCGAGGGACAGCUGGAAGACAUGCCUGGACUAUGCAGCUCUUCCAUCAACCGAGAGGAGCUCGGGCCAAUCAGAGGCAGAUGUUUGUUCCAGAGGGCCGUCCAACACCCAACAAUGAAGUGGGCAUUAAAUACAAUGUCAAGCAGAGACCUUUCCCUGAAGAAGUGGAUAAGAUCCCUCUUGUUAAGGCUGAUGUCAGUAUUCCUGACCUUGAUGACAUUGUCAGUAAAGAGGUGUGUUGUUUGGGCUGGCAGGAUGAUUCUAGAGCUACAAGCUCACUGAUGAGUAUUUAUCCCCACCUUGAAAUACAGCACGACAAGCUUCGAGUUCUGAUAACCAAGCAGAUAGAGUAUGAAAAUGCUUUGGAGCGACACAGUGAUGAAAUCUGGAAGUCCAAGCCUUUCCCAGAUCCACAGACAGACUGCAAGCCCCUUCCACCCUCACAAGAGUUCCAGACAGCGCGCCUCUUCCUCUCUCAGUUUGGCUUUCUGUCUCUGGAGGCACUUAAGGAACCUAACAACAGCCGUCUACCUCCUCAUCUCAUUGGCCUGGACUCAUCCUUUCCAGGAUUUUUUGAUGACAUCAGCUACCUUGACCUACUCCCCUGCCGACCCUUCGACACAGUCUUUAUUUUCUAUGUGAGGGCUGGACAGAAAAGCAGCCAUGAGAUCUUGAGGAAUGUUGAAUCAUCAGCCAGUGUCCAGCCCCACUUUUUGGAGUUCCUGUUGUCCUUGGGCUGGCCUGUCGAUGUCGGACGCCACCCAGGGUGGACGGGACACCUAGAUACAAGCUGGUCCCUAAAUUCCUGCUCUGACAGCAAUGAUAUCCAAGGGGAGGAAGCAGCUACUCCUGAGGACACCGGAGGUUCAGUGUUCAACGGAGAGAAGAAAGUUUUAUACUACGCUGAUGCUCUGACUGAAAUUGCCUUUGUUGUUCCAUCUCUAACAGAAAAUUCUGAGGAGUCAUCAGUGCACAGUGAUUCCACAGUGGAGGCAGACACCAACACAGACCUUAUGCCUGGUGUACUUAAACAACCUAAUCUAACAUUGGAACUUUUCCCCAGCCAUUCUGAGAACCUGGAGUCUGCAAAAAAGUUGAGUCCUUUGGUAAAGACAAAGAGGUCAUCAACUGGAAAGUCUUACCCACAACUGGGCCCAGAGACAAAGGUGUUUGUAGUCUGGGUGGAACGCUUUGAUGAUAUUGAGAACUUCCCGUUAUCUGAUCUCUUGGCGGAAACCAGCACAGGGUUGGAGGCUAGCAUGAGCAACAGCACUUCCUGCAGGUCAGGGUUACUAGAAAAGGACGUUCCUCUGAUUUUCAUCCACCCUCUGAGGACAGGACUGUUCAGGAUCCGGUUGCAUGGAGCUGUUGGCAAAUUUGGCAUGGUCAUUCCCCUUGUGGACGGCAUGGUGGUCAGCCGCAGAGCUCUAGGGUUUCUUGUGCGUCAAACAGUCAUCAACUUGUGCCGGCGGAAGCGUCUGGAAAGUGACUUGUACAACCCUCCUCAUGUGAGGCGGAAACAGAAAAUAACUGAGAUUGUUCAGCGUUACCGUAACAAGCAACUGGAGCCUGAGUUUUACACCUCACUCUUCCACGAGGUGGGGGAAGGAAAGCCUCACCUCUAAACCCCCCUUGUUCUGUCCAAACACUGGCUCACAAACGCACACAACACACAGUCUCAGUCUACACUGAUAAAACCAUUUACAACUGUGCUUGCACACCCAUUACCCGCACUCACUCACACACACACACACACACACACACUCUCAGAAUCUUUAUAUUUAUACUGUACUAUUUUGUUAUUUAUAUGAAUACAUAUAUCAACACUGUUUGCCUUUGACUCUGAGAUCAAAUUGUCAAAAACCAUGCCAAGGUGGAAAAAACAAUGCAUUUCUGUGUUGCAGCCACUCACUGGAGAUCUGAAUGGCUCAAUUCACCAGUGACUAUCUCUUCUCGUUUAGGGUCAUGCUUUGUGGCAAAAAAAUUUCCGCUUGUCUUUAAAUGCAAUACUUUAGUAACACUGUUGGCCUUUCUGAACUUGUACAAAAAAAAGUUUUGUCCAUUAAAUCCUGUGAGAUGAGUGAAUUUCAUGAGGCUUGGUAAUGCAGAGUUGUGUCCGAAAGCCUGAUCUGCAAAUCCAUUUUUGUUUCAAACAACUUUAUGCUUGGAUUUUUGCCAAGGAUUUGAACACAUAAACAUCAUUUAAUGGUUUGCAAUAUAGAUGGCUUUAAAAAAAGGGAAGUUGCUAACCAAUAAUAAUUUAUGACAAAUUGUCCUCCACAUCCAGACACCUGCUAAUAUCUGUAAUAGUCUUCCUAGUGUGAAUACACAUGUGGUCAUUGAAGCAGUAGACUGAGCUCACAGAUCUCAGAUGAGUUAAAGGACUCCUGUGAGGUAUUAACGGAUGAAGGUGUCAUUUUUGACACUUGUUCUCUGUGCAAGGCCAUCUUAUUGCACAACCACCACUACACUGUAUGUGUGUGUGUGUGUGUGCUUGUUCAGGCAGUCAUUUGACACUACAAGGAGUCAGGGAGUCCUAAAAACCCUGCAUAUGGUGUUUAAAAUUGAAUUUUGUCACUUUAAUCAAUGCCCUUUUUCUUCAGAAUUACUCAAGACAACUUGAGAGAGACUCUUAAUGCUUGAGUUUACUGAUGGGGAGAGCCGUAAUGAAGCUGCUCGAGUUUACAGGGCUAAUUUAAAAAGACCACAGACAGAUUUUAACGUUUUGAAGUCUGUGCCACUACCAACCAGAACCAUAGCACAGUUUGUGUCUUGCUCCUCCAAACUAAACACGAUGGACUCACGGGCCAAAAUACUCGAUGUAGCUAACAGCAUUAUAUAACUCUCAUUUUGGCUUAUUGAAGCUGUUUUUUUUUUUUUAACCUAAACAAUAUUUAACUUGUCAGCUAUGUUUUCAGUACAAUAACGAUCAGUUUUUGCCUUUAUUUUUGCUUAAAUCGUUUCAUUAUUGUUUAUUCACUGUACUUGUUACUGUCUGCCUGUAACAAUGUGAAUUUAUUUAUCGCAGAUAUGGAACAGGGCAAACACCUCUGAAUUUUUUGUUAUAUUGGAAAGUCUUAAUGCACUGAGCACAUUUUAUGUUGUUUUUUUCUCUUUGGUUACUCUACAUGACUUUUUGUACUUUUGUGCAUUUUGAAACAAAAACCCUGCUGAAGGAAGAGUUUUAUCUUGUGAAAUAUGAAUGAGGAGAUGGUGUGGAGUUUUUAACCUAUCAUGUCUAAUUGUGACUAACUUUUUAUGACAGUGCUGAAUGCACAUGCCUUUUUUGGAAGGAAAGUACAUUAAACAUGCUUCAAAGAAACUACAUACAAUCAGUCACACAUUGUAUCCUAUUACUCUGAUGUUUGAUCGUAUUUAAGGACUUGCCAUGUACAGAAGUGGAUGAUAUGUAAAUAUAUGAUAGUGUAAGGCACUUAGAAGUUGUCUGUUGCAUUCCUCACUUGAGAUGAUAAUGAUUGAGAUAAUGUAUGCAAUUAUGUGUGGGAGGGACGCAGUGAGUAUUGAAUGUAACAUGCAUCAAUUAAAACUAUUAUUGACAUUU